CUGCGUGUUUUCGAUAUUGUAUCGUGCAAAUGGUGGCUUUGAUGAUGUUUUGUUCGAUGUUUCUUAAAGAUUAAUCGGUCAUACUAUCAGUUGCGCAUAGUAAGUAGGAAGAUAGCGUUUGUCGCUUGAUCCUGUACUUGUAAAAACUUGCCGCCGACAUGGUAAAGCUUCAGAAGAAGUUUUUCGCGGGUGACAAAGUAUUUGCGAAAGUUCGAGGUUAUCCACCGUGGCCAGCCAAAGUUGAAAAAGUGAUUGAUCCGAAUUCGAAGAAUUCAAAAUACAGUGUUUAUUUCUAUGGCACAGGAGAAACUGCUGUAUGUAAAGUGGAAGAACUGUAUACGUACACAGAGAAUAAAGCAAAAUUUGGUAAACCCCUCAGAAGAAAGUAUUUUCAUGAAGGUUUGAUACAAUUAGAACAAGAGCUUAAAAAUGAUAGAAACAAAGCAGCAAAUCUCAGUGAUCUUAAAGAAGCUGGUAUUGUGGAUGGAACAAGAGCAGGUGAUACUGGGACGAAUAUACCAACAGUUAGUGCUGCAGACAGUGAUCUCGAAUCUGGAUCCCUAGUUAUCGAUGAAGAAGAGAAAAAGAAAUCUAUGAAAAGGAAAACCCUUUCUUCUGCCAAUAACCCUGAUACACCUGAGGUAAAGAAACGGCGUGGAAAAGCAAAAUCUUUAUCCGCAUCUACGAGCGACACUUCGAAACAGGACACUGGUGCUGACUCUCAAGGAGAGGAUUCGCCAAAAGAAGUUGUUAGCCGUAGUGGACGGAAAAUUAAACCUAAACGAUUCGCUGAUUUUUCAAGUUCAGAGGAAACAGAUAACACUACAGAAAAGAAUGAACAUGCAAGGGGUCGCCCUAAAGUUAAGAUCGAAGAUACCAGUGACCAAGCAACACCUAGUGCGGUUCAUAAAAAGAGAGCUGCUUUGGAAAAAAAAAAUAAUUUAGGUGAAGGACCCAUAUUGGAAGGUACCGUAGUAUCCAGUACCACGUCCUCAGACACGGCGGGACGAUUCCUAUUGGCAUUAACAUUCGCUGGUGAAUAUGUUGGAAUUAAGUUGGAUAUGGAUAAGCCAAAGUCUUUCGAGAGUGAUAAAGCUCGAGAACAAUGGGAAUGGUCUACAGCUAGAAAUGCUAUGAAACUGAAAGCACAAUUGGAAAGUGGUGAAAUUUUACCAGAACAAGUAAAAGAUUGUUUAGAUUUCAAUAUACACGUUCCAGACGAGGAAAAGCGAUUGUUAGCGAAAGAUGGAGCUCUUCAUCGCAAGACAAAUAAAUUAAGAUGGCUUCGUAUAGAAUCGCAACUUUUACAGUUGGAUGCUCAAAUUAAGUCCAAUCUUGGAUUGGAUCGAGCAAAUCCGGAUAAGUGUUUGCAAGCAAUGGAUGACAUGUUAUCGCUACCAAUAGAUCCUUUGAUGUUAAAAAAACAUCCACAUAUCGUGGAAACCGUCAAAAGGUUGCGACGAUAUAUUGGUAAUUUAGCUGAUUGGAAAUUAAACGAGGAGGAGGAGACUAUUUUCAAACAAAAAGCAGAACAAAUUAGACAAAAGGCUGAGCAUAUAUACAACAAAUUCAAGGCUAUGUUUACCAUACCCGAAGGUCAAUCGUUUUGGCAAUCAUUUUCGGACCAAGUGGUUCAUUUCAAAGAAUUGACGAAGGAUAUGCCAGAAGAAAAAGUAUAUUCCCUAAUAUCGGAUCCUGCAUGUCCAGAAAACAAAAUUACAGAUGCAGCCAUAUCAGAGGGUUCGCCUGCGGAUGAUAGCGGUAGUCAACCGGAUACCGAUGCAGCUAUCGAAGCUAAAUCAGAAGUGCCUACAAGGAGCGAGACUCCAAAAGAGUCAGAGGCCAAGUAACAUAGUGAUCUUUUGUAUCUGACAAUGUGAAAAUCUUUAUUUUCUUCUGUACUAAUGUGGUACAUUACACGAUACGAGUGUCUUGAAGCUGAAGAAAACAAGAAAGAAAAACAACAAUUCGCUUUUUCACACUUGGACAAAUUCUGAUGCUAUAUUUCAUUCAAUGGGACUUCUAAUACAUUUUCCUUGCAAUACUUGUAACUAAGAAGCCCGUGAUAUAAACGAUAAGUCUUCACUCUGUUGUCAGACAUGUUAAGAAGGGAAAAAAAAAUCAGUUAAUUAUAGAGCACUUAGAAUUUAAACUAGAUACCAUAAUUAUUUCCUUUAUUCUGUGUCACGUUUCUUUUACGGUCACCAUUCCUUCCGCGUCGUUAGGCACCACCAAAACAGAAAGAUAAUUACGAACACCAUAUAAAUGUCUUUGUUGUUUAACAUAAAAUUUGUCUACUUCAUUAGUAACAGAUACCAACUGUAUAUAUUUAUAUAUGUAAGUAAAAAAAAGAAAGGAAAACUGCAAUACUCUAUAUACAAAGAUCAAAGUUGCGAUGUUGGGGUAGAUACGAUGAACGGCAAACUUUAUUGUUUUGAAGCGGCGAUUUCAAAACACUAUUGGAAUUUAAUGGGCCGUUGUUUUGAUUAUAAAUGUUUUCAUCGCACUUUAAAGGCAUAAUUAGAUUGAAUUGAUUCGAAAAGGAAUUGUACAAAUUAGAAAUAUAACAAACUUGGAAUGAAUUUCGGCUAAAAAAUAUUAUUAGAUUUGUCGAUAGAUUUUUAUGUAAUUUGAAGAGAGUAUUGAGAUUGGAAAACAUGUCUUAUAUAAAUCUGUUAGGAUGAAAAGUCUUGAAGGUGAAGAAUUGUCGCAGCAUAACUUAUAAAUUACACUUUUAUACGGGCAAAAAGAGUUAAAAACUAAACCGCAUAUUUAUUUAGAUUCCAUAUCUCUUCAUGGUGUAAGGCACAAUAAUCGUCUACUUCUGUUAACCGAUGCUUUUUUAAAGUCGGUCUACGCUUAAGUUAAGCACGACAUGUACGACAUAAACGAUAUAAAUGUACUUUUGUAAACACUUGUCGCAGAAAUAACACUGUAAAAGGUGAUGUUGUUAAUAAAAACAAAUUGCAAAUA